UAAUCUAUAUAUUCUAUAUUUUCGUAUAUUUUUGUAUAAUGUAUAAAUAUCGACCGUCGACAUAAAUACCUACAAUUUUUUGUCUCAGUCGAUAUAUGAAAACGCACGUGGACACAUUUCGUUUACUUUGGCUUAGGAACUGUAUGAUACUCUAUUUUUUUAGUGUGUGAUUUUAUAAAGUUAAAAUUACAUUGAAAACAAUAGUUUAGCUAUUUAUAUGCUAUAAAUAUGGGGAAAUUAAGAAAGCAAAAAAUCAGUAAAAUUAAGAGGAAUAAUCAGACGAAGACAAAGCUUUCAAAGCAAGGGAAGCUUAAAACUCGACGACAUAAAUCACCAAAGAAACAACCUCAGAAAUCAGCACCACCUCGUCCAGAAAUAGCAGAAGAGGAAGAAGAGAGCGAUCAUGGAAGAGAUUUGAUGGAUAUGGUUGACGAGGAUGAUUUAAAUUUCCUAAAUAACGCUAUAUCCAACAAAUCCUAUAAUUUGUUAAAACAGAUUCAAUUAAACGAAGCAGACGAAGGCUUGAGCGAGAGAAAAAGAAAAAAAAUAGAAAAUAAUCAACCGUUAGAAGAACUGUAUGAGAAUAAUGUUGCAAAAAUUGUGGAGGAGACAGGAGGGAAGUCAAUUCGCAUGUUGCUUCCCAUAAAAACACAAAACGGCUUUAUAAAGAAACGUAUUAUUGAAGAAGACAGUAAAAUUUUAAACGAAGAAGGGAAUGAAGAUACAGAUAAUAAGGGCCCGGAAAAAAGCAAGGAGGAUAAUCAGCAAGAGGAAAAUAGUGAUACGGAAAUGGAUAUGGAUACACAUAAUAACUUGCAAGUGACUGAUAAACCAGUAUCUACCAUCGAACUUCUGGCGUGUCGCGAGGAAAUACUGAGAUCCAAGCGUUUCAAGAUAGGCAUACUUUCGAGCGGCAUAUUAGAAAACCCAGAACUUAAAUCCGGAAAUUUCAAGAUAUUGCUAGACAUGAUGGAUGAAAGAGCUUCAGAAGUUUACAUAACAAUCAGGAAACUGGCAAUGGUGUCCCUUUUAGAAAUCUUUAAAGACUUGCUACCAUCUUACAGUAUUCUGCAGACUUCUCAGGAAGGAGUAAAGUUGAAGAAAGAUACUCUUGCGCUGCAGAAUUAUGAAGCUACCUUGUUGAGGAAUUAUAAAAACUAUUUGCAGAAGCUCGAAAAAAUAUCUAAGAUUUUGAGAAGAAAGAAAGGGAACGCACGAUCAGCAAACGAGCGAGAAAUACAAUUGGGCGAGACAGCUGUAUCAUGCAUGUGCGAGCUUCUUACCGUUCACCCGUAUUUUAAUUUUUCCGUUAAUAUAGCUAAUUACAUUCUUCCGUUAUUGGAUAAUAAACGGAGCAGCGUAAGAGAAAAAGUUGCACAAUGUAUUUCUCAAAUAUUCAAAGAAGACAAACGUGGUCAGCUAUCUCUCACAAUAGUUCGAAAAUUAAAUCAGUACAUCAAGUCGAGGAAACAUUCUGUACAUCCUGAGGUUAUAGCAGUGUUAUUGGCCCUUCGCAUCAAAGAUGUCAAUCUGGACAAGGAAAAGGAGGACGAAACAAAGCAGAAAAAGCUCAUGUCUCAUAAACAAAGGAUACUCGCGUUAAGCAGACGGGAAAGGAAGAAGAGCAAAAACCUAGAGCAAGUGGAGAAAGAAAUGCUCGAAACGAAGGCUGAAGAAAAUAAGCAGGCGAAACAGAAGAUUCUCACGGAAAUAACGAGCAUAAUAUUUACUAUAUACUUCAGAAUUCUGAAACAAGCUCCCAAUAGUAAAGUAUUAUCCGUGUGUCUGGAAGGAUUAGCCAAAUUUGCGCACUGUAUCAAUAUAAAUUUUUACCAAGAUUUAGUAAGCGCCAUAGAUAGAUUAAUAGAAGAGGGUAAUUUGGGAUUGAGGGAACAACUGCACUGUGUUCAAUGUAUAUUUACAAUAUUAUCUGGACAAGCUGCAGCAUUGAAUAUCGAUCCGUACAGAUUUUAUGUGCAUUUGUAUAAAAAUAUAUUGAAAGUCCACUGCGGAAGGACGCACGCGGAAACUGAGAUCGUACUGCAGACGUUGCUGCAGAUUCUCAUUCAUCAGCGAAAGAGGAUCACGCAGACACGUAUGAUAGCCUUUGUAAAGAGAAUAAGCACCCUGGCCUUACAGUCGCAGCACAACGCGACGCUGGGAACUCUCGGUAUUAUCAAACAAGUGAUGCAGCUUGGAAAAACGGCUCACGUUUUAUUGGACACCGACUGCACCGGCGACGGUCAUUACCAGGUCGAAAUUGAGGAACCUGAUUAUUGUAACGCUCACUGCACCGCGUUAUAUGAGCUCGUUGCUUUACAGCGUCAUUAUCACAGUGUAGUACGACAACUCGCUAGAAAUAUAGCGUACACCACACCUACGAGCGGUGAGGGCAGCUUGGCUAUCGAAAUUGCGAAGUUAUCGCCAGAGGAGCUCUACACGGAAUAUGAUCCUGCGGGUGUAACGUUUAAGCCUGCUGUGCCUAUUCCAAAGAAGAUUACAGUUAAAAAAGCACCGGUGAAUUAUAGCAUGAGUCCUAAACUCGAGGAAUAUGUUAAUACUGUCGAUGUCGGCAACUUAUUUGCGGACGGGCAUGUGGACUUUUACAAAGCCUGUAAAAGUAAUUUGUAACAAGUAUAAUAAUAAAGGAUGGAAUGUAUAUAAAAAA